CAUUCAUCCACCUAAACAAAGAAAACAUAAAAAGAAAGAGAAGAGAAGAAUUUUGCUCAACUCAUGGCUCCUUCCACCACAAUAACGAUCUUAUUGCCUCUCUUCUUUUCUCUCUCCGUCUCCCUCCAUGGAGUUCUUGGUGAGAUUAUAUGUGAGAAUUUGCCCAAAGACCUCUGCGCCUUCUCCAUCGCAUCCUCGGGACAGAGAUGCCUGUUGGAGACCUACCUGACGGAUGGAACCACGGAAUACCAGUGCAGGACAUCUGAUGUGAUCGUGGAGAGGAUGACUGAAUGGAUUGAGUCCGACGAGUGCGUCCGGGCAUGUGGGGUUGAUAGGAACUCCGUCGGGAUUUCGUCAGAUGCCCUGCUCGAGCCGCAGUUCACCGCCAAGCUCUGCUCCCCUGCCUGUUACCAGAACUGCCCCAACAUCGUAGACCUCUACUUUAACUUGGCUGCAGGAGAAGGUGCAUUUUUGCCGGAUCUAUGCAUGGCACAGAGGACCAACCCACACCGUGCGAUGAUUGAGCUUCUGAGCAAUGGGGCGGCUGCUGGUCCCAUCGCCAGUGAAACCACCGCCCCCGCCACCACCACCACCACCUCUGCGCAUUUCGCUGCUGCUCCUUCUCCAGCUUUGGUGUAAUCAAAAUGAAAAAUUGUUUGUUGUUUUAGACAGUUUCUCAUUUCUCAUUUUCUCUUUGAGGUCCAUGUACAUGAACAAGACUGAGGAAUAAUUGAGUAGCAAGCAAUCUAGUGACAGGUCUUGGGUUCAUUUGUUUGGGCUGGGCCUGGACUGAGACUUCUUGAGUUCUUUCUGUGGACUUCGUGUUCAUCAUUUUUUCCUGGGCGGAUCUGGCGUGAUUAUAUAUAUUAUAUAUCACAAAAUAAUAUUUGUACUUCACGCUUUUAUAUCAUUAGCACACUUGUUAAUUUUUA